CUAACCUUCCGAUGGAUCCGACGGCCUAUGACUCGGAUUUCAUACCAAACUCUUUGGACAAUUGGAACAAUUUGUUGGCACAAAGAAGUCAACGACUACUGGAGGGACAGAUCGUUGGCCCCGAAUCCAUGACAGAAAGGCACCAAUUCUUGUACACCGGUCUCGCAGACGGAAGACUCGUUGAGAUCAACAAGAAGUCACUCGAAAUCAGAGACAUCACCAGAUUUGCCAAAAAGUCUGAUUGCGUGGACAAUGAGUUCCGAGAGAUGAUUCAAUGCGGACGUCCUCUGGGUUUGCGGUUUGGUUCCGAUGGAUAUCUCUAUGUCUUGGAAGCCUUCGACGGUCUGUUUCGUGUGAAUGCGAGCACUGGUGUCAAAGAGUUGAUUGAUUUGAACAAUCCGGAGAUCAAAGGCCUUUUCAAUGACAUCGUGUUUGAUCCCAAGUUGAAUGUGGUGUACAUAUCAGUGUCGAGCACCCGAUGGGCGUUAGACAGAGUGCCCUACAGUGUCCUCGACUACGAAGACACCGGUUAUGUGUUUGCACACAAUUUGGACACUAAGACCAGUGUUAUCCUCAGACGUGGCUUCAGAUUUGCGAACGGAAUCGAAGUCUCGAAAGACAAUAAAUACCUCUUAGUGUCAGAAACGACCACUUUUUCCAUCCAUAAGAUCUCACUGCAAGCCAUUCACAAAGCAAUGAAAGCCAACCAACAGAUCGCUGACAACGAGUUGGAAGUGUUCGCCAAAGAGCUGCCGGGAGAGCCCGACAACAUCCGGGUCGAUGCCAACGGCGACGUCUGGUUCGGAGCCUUUUUGGUGCGAACAGAGGGCAAGACAUUGAGGGACCACUUGUCCGACUGGCCGUUCGUCCGCAAAACGGUGGCGCGAGUGCUGUACUUGACUUCACUUGCGUUUGAUUUCAUAAACCGAAACAUAACCCCAAACCACGCGUUGGAGUCGUUUGCCUUUGACCUAUACUCCGGUCAUAUUAUGUAUAAAUUUAUGCCUAAGAAGGGAGCCGUCAUUAAGUUGGACGCAAACACCGGCAAAAUCAAACAAAUCCUCGGCUCCAAUGAGUUCAAUGGUGUCUCCGAGGCUAUAGUGGACAGAGUCUUCACUAGUGAUGGAGGGAUAUUGACUUCAGAGGAGACGGGUGUCAGUGUUAUUAUACCUAUGGGUGCUAUUCCUAAGGAUAGUGAACAGGAAAUAUACUUCAAAUUACGACUCCCGCACUGCGCUUCUGUAAACCCCGAGGGCUGGGCUUUUGCUCUCAAGUCUAGUGACACAAACAAU